ACUCCGUUAAUUUCCUCGCAUUUCUCGGACCAACCUCAGUUAACACAUGAUUAUAUUCCACUGCCAGUAAGAUAAGCCCAAAAGGGCUUCAGGUUUCUCUUUUUCUGCAGUAUCGUCCUUGCCCGGUUCUUACUUAUUAUCAAAAAAAAUAAAAAUAAAAAAUAAAAAAUAAAAAAAUACAGCGAGCUAUAAUAUUGUCUCCUCUCUCUUGGUUUGUUGAUGAACAAAAAGAUGCAUAAUGAUGGGAAAGUCAGGACGGCGCAAAUCCUUGCCGCCUCCUCGUUUGGUUUUGCCGCCGCCACUGCCGCCGCCGUAGCAUGUUAUCGCCGCCUAAAAUUCUCCAAGCAGCUGCUGACGAGUGAUGUUAGGGACCAUCAUAUCAUUCCACGCCUUAACAGGACGGAAUCCGGCCGUGGCCAACUUGAAAGUUUCUCCCAUUUUGUUGCUAGGCAGGUAGGAUUUUCAGAUGCAAAUGAGUGUCCACAAUUAUGCAAGUUAGCGAAUGAGUACUUGAGGAAAUCCAAAGGAUGUGAAGAAAUUAUUUAUGAUUUUUUGGCAAAUGAAGAAGAUGCGGAUUCUAUUUAUGUGGUGUUGGUGGAAGAGUUUGAUAGAUGCAUUCUGGGCUAUUUUGCCUUUCAUUGGAGCCAAGCUUCUCUUAUGAUUACUCAGGUUUUCAAUGCGGAGUCUGAACCGAAAACAAAACUCAAGGACUUUGUAUUGGCAGCUACAAGGAAACAGAGAUUUGAGAAGGUCACCAAAGACCUAAAGGUGACAAGAAUGAUCUCUACGUUGGUGGAGGAAAUGAAAUUGAUCCGUACUCCUAGCAGCGGAGAAUCCGAAAGCAACGACGUGAUGGUGCCCGCGGCGCACAGCCAGAGGAGUCCAGUGCUGCUUCUUAUGGGUGGUGGUAUGGGGGCUGGCAAGAGCACUGUCCUCAAAGACAUUCUCAAAGAAGCAUUUUGGUCAGGAGCUGCAGCAAAUGCAGUGGUAGUAGAGGCAGAUGCUUUCAAAGAGUCCGAUGUUAUCUACAGGGCCCUUAGCUCUCAUCAUCAUGACAUGCUUCAAACUGCUGAAUUGGUACACCAAUCAUCUACCGAUGCCGCCUCAUCAUUACUAGUGACGGCGCUGAAUGAAGGGCGCGAUGUUAUAAUGGACGGCACACUUUCAUGGGCGCCCUUUGUGGAGCAGACGAUCGCCAUGGCAAGAAAUGUUCACAAAUUCCGGUACCGCAUGGGGGUCGGAUAUGAGAAGGCCGAGGAUGGUACAGUUAUUGAAAAUUACUGGGAACAAAUAAAUGAAGAAGAAGAAGAAGAAGAAGAAGGAGAAGAAGUGUCAAGGGAAAAUGGAACAUUAGAGGCACACGGGAGAAAGCCCUACAGAAUCGAGUUGGUUGGAGUGGUUUGUGAUGCUUAUCUAGCAGUUGUUAGAGGAAUAAGGAGAGCUAUAAUGGUGGGUAGGGCAGUGAGGGUGAAUUCUCAGUUGAAAUCCCACAAGAGAUUUGCAAGCGCAUUUGAAAAAUACUGCCAGCUUGUGGAUAACGCAAGGCUUUAUAGCACCAAUGCCAUUGGAGGUCCACCAAAGCUAAUAGGAUGGAAAGAUGGAGCCAACAAGCUGCUAGUUGAUAGUGAAGAAAUAGAGUGUUUGAAAGUGGUAAGCAGUUUGAACUCCGAUGCAGAAUCCAUUUAUGAGCUUUAUGAGGACCCAAGUUUUAUAUUCCAGCCUCGUUCUAUUUGGAACGACAUCGUUUUGUCCCCUUCAAGGCCUAAACUUCAGCAACAACUGAAGAAUUCUAUUCAAAAAAUUGAACUGAGAGCCUCUUGAGAUUUUAAGAUCAAAGCUUCAUCAGUUAUAUAACUAUUUAA